AUGCUGGCCAUAAAGUACCACCAUCUCCGCGCGCUCAUCUACCGGCCGUACCUGUGCCACCCGCUCCUGAUGCACCUGGGUGACCCUGCCGCAACCAUCAGCCAGCUCGACUGGCCGCUGAUACGCGCAAACGAGAGGACAUGCAUCAUGGAAGCACGCGAGACGGCACGGCUGCUCCACGGCAUCUCCAGCAAGGAGGACCUGGUUCAUGACUUUCCGUGGUGGCAGAUGAUUUCGUGUCUAGUCUGCGCCAGCUCCAUCCUGCUUGUGUCCAGCAUGUUUGCAGAGGAAUCGCUCGAACUGUCACCCGAGCUGGAUACCGUCGGAUUGUCCGAUGACGCCGAGACGUGUCUCAAGGUUUUUGACGCUCUCAGCAAGAACUCGCCAGGAGCGAGAAUCGCCCGCGACAUGAUGAAGGCCCUGCAAGAGUGCGGCGUGCGAUGGAAGGAUGCCAGCGGGAGCACUCCCAAGACUUCGAGGGAGGGCGUAAAAGCAUUCAGCCACUCUCCAGACUUUCAAAGCCAGCCGUCGUACAUGAGUGCAAUGCCGGCUUCGCUGCAUGUUGGUGAUUACGGGCAGCAUUUUGCUGCGUCUGGUGGCCCAAUGCCAACAAACUGCUACUGGCCGGCGGAAAUCGUCGACUCGAUGGCGUGGUCGGCGCAGUUUUUUGACUUUGGACACGGAAGGUCGGGCCAUACGGAAGGCGUGGAGCAGAGUCGGAGCGAGAAUAACGAAAGCAUGUAA